GAGGAGGGUGUCCAGCACAGAUUCACCUCCUGUUCUCGGCGCUCGGUCCUGCCGACUGUACGGUCGGGGGGAACCAGGCCACAUGUGCUCCUCCAGGCUCCUGGUCUCGUGUGCUUUCUCCGCCUUGGAUUGUGCACAAUUUGGUUGUGAAGGGAAACGCCUGCACAGAACGCCAGCAGUUGUGUUUCUGAGUUAUCCUGCCCUGAAUGUUGUUCUGAAGGAUGACCACUGAGUGUCCAUGAGAAGCCUGUCAUUCAGCAGCACCCUCUGGGGCCUUGUGUGCUUCCAUGCAGGGACAUCCUCCAUGCAUCAUGCUCCGGUGUUUGGAUGUGCAAGUCCUGGGAGUAGCUUCAAUCGUCUUUUUCUGCGAUGGCAUGCCUGGGCUCCUUUAACAGGGAGCGAAAGGGAACAACCUUGGACACCUACCUGUUGUCCAAGGAUAGAGAGGCAUUCUACAUGCCUUGGGAAACACUGGUCUGCCCUGAGAUUGUUAGCAAGAUGAAAAUGAUCAGGGAUGAGACUCCAACUGGUGGUGCCGUGGACAACGGAACUGGAAGUGACACUGGUCCUCUGAGCAGCACUAAAGACUUCCAACAAGAAGGUGACUGGACAAACCAGGAGUACCUUCCAGUCAGCAGACCGGUGGAACCAGACCAUAUGGCAGAUACCUUGGACCAUGUCAUGGACAACUUGGACCAUGUGAAGGAUAGUUUGAGUCACGUGAUGGACAAUUUGAGCAAUGAGGGUGAGCAUGCAGUCGGGGAUGACAUCACCCUGCCCCGAUUUUCCCCAUAUAAAGGAUCGCUGACUCAGUCCAUUAGCUUGAACUGCAACAAAAAAACCAAACCAAGAACUAGCGAGGAAGAUCUGUCCAAAACCACAGAAGGCCAUCUGAAAAGUAGCACUUGCACUCCAACUAUGGAUUGUACAAAAUCUGAUAAAGAGAACCAAAACAGCAGUCCUUCAAAACCCUUCUGCUCCCCAAUAAAUACAACUGUCUCUGUGACAAAUACAACAAGUGAAGCUCUUACACUACAGAACUCUGAUUUCGGUGUGGUGGACAGUUUAUUUCUAGAAAAACCCACAGAUGCUUCUGUAUCUGAAAGAUCAUCUUGUGCUGCUCCUGCAUCUGUUUAUUUGCUCAGUCAAGCCACGGUUCACAGCUGGCAGUCAGACUCUCCUGGAGAUCCAGCACACUCAAAAGUAUCCCUCUUGAGUCACAAGGCUAGUUUAACAGCUAUUAUGGAAUGCGAAGAAGCCACAGCAGUAGAUAGGGGUGGAGCUGAACUGGCCCACGGCCUGAAUGACACUGCUGUCAGGGAGGUGAUGAUUUUAAAGCCUGUUCCUGCCUGGGGAAACUCUGACCAGGAAGCAAGCACCCAGGCUGGGGCCACUGGGGGUCACGGUCAUAUUGAGUCCUUUUGUGCUCUGGUCUCGUGUGGAGAAAAGCAAGCCCUCCCACAGACGGAGGACAAUCCACUGAAAGGUGUAGAUGUUUUUCUGGCUUCUGGGAGGGCGAGCUGUGAUCAUCUUAAAAGCAGUGUUACUGGAGCGGAAGGGUGCUCCCCCUGUAUGAAUGACCCCUACGCUGAGUGUUUGGGCCAAGGUCAGUGUCAGGUUACAAGUUCCGUGGGGGCUGAGGAAGGACCAGCAGGUGUGGAGACAUGUCAUACAGAAUGGCAGUGCAUGGAGACAGAGGCUUCGCUGCUCACAGUGGACUCUGACUCAGAGACGUCUGGUACAGUAGAAGUCCCGGGUCAGGCUGCAGAAGGGGGCAGCACCUGGAGAGCUGGAACAGGUGAGACAAGAAGAGUGCGAGAGGGAGAGGGCGGGUGCUACAGGGAGGCUUGCACUAAGGCUUGCACUGACAGUACAGGUCUGAGCGCGAGCAGACAGUCUGGCGACAACAGCGAUGAGGGGAGCACCACCGAAAGCAGAGUAAUUGCUCCUGAGACCCAGUCUGCAGGUGCAUGUGACUCCUCCCCUUUCAAGAGCAGGAGUGGCUGUGGUGGGCAACACAUACAGAACAAACAGGUGGAGGUCUGUGGACCAUCAGAAGACACAGACACCACUCCUUCUGCUGCUGGAGUGGGGGAGAAGAGACUGGAGGAUGGGUUCAUGGGUCAGGUGCAGGCGCAGAGGCUAGAGGAGCUGGCCAAGGACUCAGAGGAUCUCACAGAUGAGGGGUCGAGAUCAUCCCCCGAAUUCCUUGUAAAAGGGUCGUGGCACAAGGGUAAUGAGCAUCUCCUGGCAGGAUGUGGGGAGGAUGGUUACGUGGGCAAAAAUGAGGAAGCUCUAAUGGGGAAGCCUCAGGGCUCCCUCCUCCCUCAGCCAGCCUCCUCUGAGACUCAGCCUGCCCUUGCAGAGGCACACAAUAUCAGUGGUGAUGUGCUGAACUCCGGCGUGCUCUGUCUGCCAGGGACAAGAGACAAAUAUGGACGAGCCCUAGUAAUCGUGAUGACAAGGAAUACAGCGUGGUUGAACCCGAACUGCAACAGCAGUGAACUUGUACGCAUCCUUAUUUACUUCUACAACAUAAUAAGGAAAGAAGUGCAAGCGCUGGGUUUGACUGUUCUGGUGGAUUCCCGCCGAUGUUCUCCUGUCCCUGCACUCUUCAAAGCAUUUCAUAUCGUACAGGAGGCUGUGCCCAGAUGUAUCCACACCAUUCUGCUCCUGGCUGACAGAGACCUCACGUUCCGCACGGAGAAGUCCACUUCCAUGCAGUUUGAGCUCCUUACUUCUCUCAAGUCCCUUCACAAAUAUGUGGACACCAGCCAGCUGCCGGCUGAGUUUGAUGGUACCUUUCCUUUCUGCCACAACAGCUGGAUUGGGUUCCGGAUGAGGUUGGAACAACUAACCCGUACCUGUCAGGAUGCCAUCAGCCUCCUCAAGAGCAGUAUAUCCAAGCUGGAGAGCACUGCAUUGCCAGUCACUGCUGAGGAGGCCCAGGAGUUGCUCUGCAGCUACAGAGACCAGAUGCGUAACAUCCUGGAAGACAGCAGGCUGCUGCGACUGCAGGUGGAAGGCGGUGCAGCGUUGUCAAGACUCCGGAAAGAGGAGUCCAGCGUCAGCCUCACCGAGGACUAUAGGGAUGCCAUUGAGAUGGUUAGUGCACUGUAUGACCAGGUGGAUGAGCUACUACAUCAUCUGGUGACACUGUCCAACAAGUCUACUAAGCAGCUGGAGUUCAUUCUGAACUUCACAAGCCUGGAAGAACGUUUCACGGAGGUGAGAGGGUGGAUCGAGGAUGCAGGCGAAGGACAACUGACAGCACUCUGCAACUUGGAAGAUUCCCUGGAGCAGCUGCACAAACAAAAAGCCCGCUUCAGAGACUUCUACGCUUUGGCAUGUGAGCGAUGUAAGACUGGGGAGGCACUGCUACAGAGGCUGCAGCAAUGGGAGGCUUUGGCCACAGAGGAGCUACAGGAAUACCAGGUCAAGGUGUACACCUUCGCUGCACAGCUCAGGGACUUCGCCCAAAGGGUCGAGGAUGCCAGAGACAAGCUGGACAAGACUGUCAAACUGUACGAGUUCUUUGACAAGGCCUACAAGUGGUCAUUGGAGGGGAUGCGCCACCUGGCUGGCAUUAGCACAGAGGACUGCAGUCUGCCAGAGAAGUGCCACAUGGCCGUAAAGUGCCUGGAGGGCUACCGUCUGCAGCACCCAGAGAUCGAGGAGAGUAUGUUCCAGAAGAUGAAAGAACUUGCACUAGAGCUGAGGAAUGAUGCAGGCCUGAAGCAGUGGACAUUUGCCUGGUCCAAAUGUCAGGAGACCAAGCAAAUGUUCAAGAAGAAGCUGGAGAUGGCACUGCAAACCUGUCACUCCCAACCUCUUGAGGGCAAUGGAGAGGCAGGCAACGGGGAGGCUCUGCCCAGGGUGUGCUCUGGUGUUUCAGUCCACAGGCAGCCUGAGGCAUGGGCCAGCAGCCCAUCCUGUAGAAGAGUGGUUCAUGGGCCCAGGGCAAGAGAGAGACAAGCCACAACCUCCUCCAGAGCAGCCAGCAGUCCUGCCAGGAGCAGUCUCAUUACUCAGGACUGUCAGCUCCAUAGAAGUAUUUCCACAAACUUGAUGUGUAUGGCACCAUUUAGUCACAGUACACAGUCAACUGUAGUGUCCUCCACAGAGGAGUUCCCAUGCAGAGCUCUCCAUGAACCCCAGGCCAAGUCUUCCUGUGACUCUAACAGUCCCCGGAAGCCUGCACUGAGGCUAAGCCAUCGGGUACUGAGGAAAACGCGGAGCUUUGAUGUGUCCACCACUGCAAAUGUGCCAUGGAAUGGGACCUAUCAGCGAACACUGAGUGAGACAGCCAGGCAUGGCAACACCGGAGUCUUCAUCAAAGGCCUGGAAGUCAGUAGUACAGAGGUGGCAGACCGCUCCUUCAGCUUGCGUCUCCCUGCUCGUGCCUGGAUUAAUACAAACAACCUCAGAUUUAACAUUCAUGCCCAGGAGGUCAAAGCUAAGCGCAGCAAGCUGCAUCACAUCGUGGACGAGAUGAUAACGACAGAACGUGAGUAUGUGAGGUCACUGCGCUACAUCAUCGAUCAAUACUUCCCCGAAAUGGAGAGGCCAGACCUGCCGCAGGACCUCCGAGGCAAGCGCAGCGUUAUCUUUGGCAACUUGGAGAAGCUGAUAGACUUCCACAGCCAGUUCUUCCUGAAGGAGCUGGAGAGCUGCUGCAACCACCCACUGCGCGUUAGCCACUGCUUCCUGAGACACCAAGACCAAUUUGGGAUGUAUGCCCUCUACAGCAAAAACAAGCCCAAGUCUGAUGCUCUUCUGGCCACUCAUGGAAAUGCCUUCUUCCGGAACAAGCAGCUAGAGUUGGAGGACAAGAUGGACCUAGCCUCCUACUUGCUAAAGCCCAUCCAGCGCAUGAGCAAAUAUGCCCUACUGCUCAAGGACCUCAUCAAGGAAGUGAGCGAGACACAGGAGCAGGAGCUGAGCCACCUGAGGGCUGCUGCCGAGAUGGUCAAGUUCCAACUGCGUCACGGCAAUGACCUAUUAGCUAUGGAUGCAAUCUGCGACUGUGAUGUCAACCUGAAGGAACAAGGGCAGCUGGUGCGGCAGGAUGAGUUCACCAUCUUCUAUGGCAGAAAAAGAUGCCAGAGACAUGUCUUCUUGUUCGAGGACUUGGUUCUAUUCAGCAAGCCCAAAAAAAUUGAAAGAGGGCUGGACAUCUAUAUUUACAAGCACUCCUUCAAGACUGCUGAUAUUGGGAUGACCGAGACCUCGGGUGACAACAGCCUUCGUUUUGAGAUCUGGUUCCGAAGAAGAACUUCAAAAAGUCAGACGUUUAUCCUGCAGGCUGGAACGGCUGGGAUCAAAGAGGCCUGGACCUCGGACAUUGCCAAGAUCCUCUGGCAGCAGGCCACCCGAAGCAAAGAAAUCCGCAUCCAGGAGAUGGUAUCCAUGGGAGUGGGUGACAAACCAUUUUUGGAUAUAAAACCCAGUGAUGCUGCUAUUAAUGACAGAGCCAUAGACUACUUCAUGAAGGGAAGAGAAUCCAGGACUCGCGCAUCGAUAGCAGUGUCCCUGUUCGACCAUUCCAGCCCCUUCAACAGAGCGCAGGUGACCGUGCCAGUGGGUAGAGUCUCGUCCUCCUCUCUUCUUGGUUCCCUCAACCUUCACAUGUACAGCAAUCGGGCACCAGCGCCUGGGGAACGAGCAUUUGCUGGCCCCUGCAUCGAGGAGGACGAGCAGGAGCACGAGACCAGCAGCCAGCCCUCCAUGACCACAGAAAGCUCAGAGUCGUCCUCCCACUGCAUGUCCGGCAGCGGCUCCAGCGGCUCGGACAGCGGCUGUGCGUUUGGCAACCUCCCUGAGGGCUCGUCUGAGGGUUCCAGCUCCCCCUGGGACCCCACCUGUGAUCGACGUGUGUCCACACCCACUGGGGACAAGGGUGACUUCAGGGGCAAGAGUGUUUCAGCGGGAGCGCACCAAACUGUUUGUCCAUCCACCACUGUGUGAUCGCUGCGAACCGGUCUUGAGUUUGCGAACCCUCCGAAGCCCUGCUGCCACAUGAGGACGUGUCCAGUACCGAUUUCUCUUCAUUGCACCAGCACACGUCAUCACAGCUGAAUGAGAAAAUGCCAAGCACAGUUUAAACCCACUUACAAACUUUUUCAUAAGCUAUAGCUACAUAAUAAAGAUUUGUAUGAUUUUUGUGAUGGAUCGGUGAAGCACAUGUAAUAGUUUACAGUAUGGUUACAAACAUCUGUUGUUGUCCAUUGUUGACUGUUCGCUGUAGCCCGAGCACUGCAGAAACUAUAGCUAUAAGGUGUUCACGGUCAAACUGAAGAUUACAAACACACAUCUCCAAGGUUCAAAAGCUACUUUCUCUUUUCCAAGGAAACAUGUUUAUAUAUCAGUGUCACUUUAAGUAUUUACCCAUUGUCAGGUUUUGUGGCCGCUCCUCGUCAGAUAUCUACUUGUUCUUAAGAUGUGAUCCUUUCUGGCGCCAUGUUGCUGGAAUACCCCGCAUUCCUACUGGUUCUACUUAGCGAUGGCUUUGGGCAACAGGGCUGCUGAUGCAGUGCAGACCCUGUGUCUGGUCCCACCCUGGGAGGGGAUGCAAUUCACGCUACUAUGCACCCAAGGCUCUUUCCAGAGGUGUGCGUGACUCACUUUGCACCCUGGGAUGGGAGCUCUUUUUAGAAAAGCUAACUGUGGCGUCCACAGUGAAUGCUGAAAGGGCUGCGUUCGAAAGCGCAACGAAAUGUACGUUGUCCGUACGUGCUGUGACAGUGCCGUUUUGUUAAGUUACUACAUUUUUUUCCACGAUUGUAUAUAUUUCGAAUGUCCAGCAAACCAGGGAAUCACUAAAGUGCCGCUCUUAGCACGUAGGGGCGCCUGUACACGUCUCGUAGUAUUUAAUAAAGACAUCCUUUGUACCAACAAUGCGAUAACCGACGCAGAUUUUGUGUGUAAGUCGCCGUAACAGAUCCUUCACUACAUUUCGCUUAACAUGCAGUUGCAGAUGUCUUUGUUCGGCUGCGUUCUGUGAGCCGCACAUUUCAGUAAGUAGAAUAAUGGAUACGACACCAUAAAAACAGUGCAUUUACACGUGCAUACUCAGGUAAACACUUCUCAGGGCACAACUGAACAGUGCAGCUAAUCCAUCCUAUUUGUCUAAACUGAAAACAUGUGCCAGGGAAAGAAAAUAUCAAUCAAGUGCAAGUUGCUGUGCGUUGAAGAAACAAUUUGGAAAAUACAGCCUGAAGCUGCCAUCCUGUGGUUGAGUACGAAAACGGUAUGCUGUUCACACACGGCACAUACAGAGUACUGUGUGCUGGUCCUCAACUUGCAAACACGUUAGGACUGGAAGUCUGCUUGUAACUCAGUUUAUUCAUAAUCCAACCACUACUUCACAACCAA